AUGGCGUCAACUGAGGUUCUAACAGGGUUUAGGGUGUAUAAGGAUUACACCCAGAGAAAGAGCUAUUACAGAGAUCACCUCAGAAUGGCCAGAGACAUGCUCGUGGUAGAAGCUCGGUUCCCAAAGCAAACAAAAACGCUCUUGCGCAAAUCAAAUAAAAGAUUAUUCAAGAAUCUAGAAUCCUUACAACAGAUUUCAGACUCCUUCUUUAAAAGAAUUAAAUUGGAUCCAGAAGUUUUGGACUCUUUCAAGAAUCUCGUAGGAACGAGCUUUGUAAAUGGAACAAUCGACUUUGAGUCGUUUCUGUCGACAAGUAAAUCUAACCAUUUUAGCUUACUUGAGCUGUUAUUCAAAACGCUGUCGAAAAACUAUGACAGGAUUCUUGACUUGGAGGCCCAGGCGAACAGGCUGACAGAUGUUAACGCAGAUUUAAACUCAUACAUCUCAGACGUGCUGGACGAAUAUGAAAAAUUAAGGAAAUUCGCAGCAGAUAGUAAGGAAAUGAGGACCUCAGAAGUAGGAAAGCUGUCAGAAGAGUACCAAAUUCUAUAUGAAAAGUAUUUAUCACUGCAGGAAGAGUUAGUGGAAGCAAACCAAAUGAUCUCAUUCCUGCAAAAUGAGCUUUCAAGAUAUAAAAAACAACAACAAGAAAGUGAAAAGAUAGAAUAUGAUGAUAGGAAUGAUGAAAAAUCAGCUGUAAGAUUUAAUUUUCAACAACAAACCAUGGACUUGUUUGAUCCGCAAGUGGAAGAUAUAACACCCAAUGAUAAGGAAAUAGAGUAUGAAAGUAGGCUGAAUGACUUACAGAGAACCAAUGAUAUGUUGUUUGAAGAGAACAUGAAGUUGAGGAAGAUGAGAGAUCAAAAACCACCCCAGGAACAAUUUGGAGCAGAUAAGUUUGUUACACUAAGCAUAUUGUUCCACCAAAUUACAAAGAGCAUGAACAAGGUGUUCCAAGAUCAUAGCGAUUUCGAAAGAACGAAUGAUCCAGAAGAAACGCAGCAAAACAUAAAAUUAUACCUGCAGGAUGCAAGACUGAGGACACUAGACUAUGAAAAUAUGGUGUAUAAGGAUAGGCUGAUGGAGGUUGAAACGCUCUUGAAAACGGAAAGCAUAGCCAGAAUAACACUGGAGACUACGAUAUCAGACCUUAAAAUCAAGCUCUACGAGUCAGAAAACCUUUACCUGGAGCUGGAAAACUUGAAAACGUCAGUAAGAACAAAGGAAAAUGAAUUAAAGAACAUGGUCGAGUCAGGAAAGGUGGAGUCGGAACAGUUAGGUAAAAUGCAAUACAUGGUGACAAACCUGACGUACGAUAAGAACGACCUACUUAAUAAGAUAUCAUCACUGGAGUUUGCAAUAGAUUCCCAUAAUAAGGAGAGAGAUGUGAUGAGAGGACAGCUCAGAAAGUUAGAGAAUUUGUUAGACCAGAAUUCAGAAAAGUUUGACUUCAGAGAUAAAAUAACCAAUAUCCACCUCCAGGCAGAGAUAGAAAUUUUAAAUGAUAAGGUGCAUAGAAUGAAAAUACAGUUGGAAGAAGUGAAGAAGGAAAAUGUAGAAUUGGUAUCGACAAGAGUUAAGAUGAGAAAUGAUCUGGAAAGAGUAAGAAGAGAAAAUUCAGAAUUACAGAAAAGAAUAUCAGAAUCUGUGAAAAAUGAGUCAAAUAUGACAGUUCAAAUACAGCGAUUAUCAAGUAACCUAGACUCGCUAAAGGAAUCACUGGAAACGAGUUCAGGAAACAUUAGAGAUAUGGCAGACGAGGUGGAAGUAGCUAAAAAGAAAAUAUUUGAAAAGGAUUUGCAGUUGUCAUUAAUAGAGAACAAAAAGGAUGAAUUGAAAGCUGUGUUAGACGACUUUGCAAUAAAGCUGAGUUCGUCGAAGGUGAAUAAAGUAAACGUAGUGAAGAAGUUGGAUUUAAAGACAAUAAGCUACAGUGAAUUAAUACACACACUUACGAGUUCUAACCAGAAUGGCCAAAAUGAGGUUACAGAGUACACAUACCAUUACCUGAUGAGUAACCUGGAGAACUUAAUAAAGUUUAACGAGAUGUUGGUAACUUUGUGCAUAAACCUGUCGAAGGAGCUUAACGCGCUGAGCGAAAGUGUCCUGAAUGUGACUAGCUUCUCAAACAUAUUUGAAACGUUUAAUAUAGACUUGGUAAAUGUGGAUACCUUGAAGACGGAACAUUUGUCGGAGGUGAGUGACCUGAAACUAAAGGUGAAAAACCUGUCGGAUCUGAACAAAAAUUUGGCACAUAAACAUGUAUGGGAAAAAAGUAUAGUUAGACUGAAGGAAAAGUAUACAUCGACGAUUGCUAAACAUAAAGAUAUCAUGGUAGAAUGUGAUAAGUUUAUAAAGCUGAACCAAGAAGGUUUGGAUGGAUUAAUAGCCGAAAACACAACGCUCAAAUCCGACUGUUCCAAAGCUGCAUUCUUGAUGGUAGACUAUGAGAAUCAAUUAUCAGAAACAUCAAUGGAGCUCCUGCACUUGAAGGAAAUGAUAUAUACACUCCUGCCAGAUGACCUUAAACUCAGGUCAGAAAAAGAUGCACCACUAAAGUCACUAGAGUUGUUACAUGAACGUAUUAAUUUUAACCAUGGAGACUAUAUGAAGUUAAAGAGUUCGAGUUCUAUGAACAUGAGCUCAUUUGUAAAUAACUAUCAUGAGCAACCGAAGUUUUCAUUUAAUGAAUCAUCAAAUAAGAAGUUGGAAAUCAAACCAUCACGUGAGGAGAGGGAACUUCUGGAUGAAUUGAAUGAAAAUAAAGCUAACUACGAUUUGGAUAAUGAAAACUAUCUACUUAGCUCUAAGGAGCGAGAAUUGAAUGAUGUUUACGAAGAUGUUAGGUACUACUGUAACCUAAUGGCUUCUGACAUCAAGUCCCAGAUGAAUCAUGACCCUACUUUGACACUGGAUACAGAUUACGAAUACAGUAAUACGAAUGAUCUACUCUCAGAUGAUACAAUCAGUGAUUACAAGGAUGAAGAUUACGUCUCAGAUAAGUUUAAAUACGUUCUUGACCUCCUGGAUAAGUUAUUCAGCCACUACAAUCGCCAAAUGAAGGAUCAUUAUCAAAAUAUGAAUAACCCUAACAGAACACACACGACCCUGGUGCUUGAUACAGGUGUGAUAAAAUGCAUAACCAAGUUUGUUCAAACCCUGAAGAGGUAUUAUAAUACAUUUAAUAAUCAAAACACUUUUGUAUUGGAUGACCUGCAGUAUGAGUUCGAGUCGAUACCACCAAUGCUUGACCCGCAUAAUAAGUUUAAAACGUUCUGCUCAUGCUUAACAAAUCUACUAAAUAUCUCGUCAGAGUUCAUUUUGGAUCAGCUUAGCGAAAGCUCAGAGCAGGUGAGUCACUUGAUGAAGGACAUUGAAACAACAACGUCGUCAAUGAGGCAAUUGGAGGAGAUUAACAUAGCUAAGGAUCAGCAAAUAAAGUCGACACAAUUUGAAAUCAGUGACUUGAAAAAUCAAAUAAACCACCUCCAAACACUCUAUCAGAAGGAAAAGAACAAUAAUAUGGAAAAUAAACUGGAUUUGGAAAAUUAUGAAUAUGAACUCAAUAAGCUCAGGGAUGACCUGAGGAAUCAGUUAAACAAAAACGAAAAACUGGAAUUAUUGGUAAAAGAGUAUCAACAGAUAAUACAAAUACAAGAAUCGAGAGCUUGAUUUGAUUAUUGCCCCUUGGAACUCCCAAAUUUUACUUUAUAAGUUUUAAAAUUUUAAUUCCACCAAUUGUGUAAAAUAACCUUAUCUCACUAUUAUC